UUUCAUAUUUUCCUUCGUUUUUCUUCAUUUUGCUGUUAGAUCCCUUCCAAGUUCCAGUCUUUCGUACAACGUCUCCUUCUAAAAUCCAGCCACCUCCUUGCUGAGUGCUGCCGCCGUCCCUCGCUCCUAGCGUCCGCCGCCAGCGGCUGCCACCAUGGAGGCAAUGAUAAAGAAAUAUCAGCAGAAAUUCAGAAAAGCCAAAGAUGAAAUGAGUAAAUGGGAUGAGCUUCAAUCUCGAUUGAUUUCUCAGUUUAGAAAUGCUUCUUCCAUCAUUGACAGAUUACAGGUUAUUCAAAAUUCAAAAAACUAUGCAAGUUUAAAUUCUGUUCAAGGCAUUGAAGUUGCUGUGUUGCAAAAGCAGAUGGAUUCUUUGCAAACCAUUUUACUCUCAAUGAAGAAUACCAUGGAAGAAUUUCGUGCUGUUGUUCUUUCCCUCGACAAGCUUCAACGUGACGGUAAACAGCUUGCGCAAGGUGGUUCUAAUCAGAUGAACAGGAAACAGUUGCAGCAGAGAAUUGGCGUAAAACCGUCUCUUACAAAUUGCAUGGAUGGGCUUAUGCUUCUCCAUGAAAUGCACCUUGCUGAGUACCUGCUUAAAUCAUCAUUGGUUUCCGCACUUUCAGUGCUUGCCUUGAGACCAAAUUCCAGUGAUCUAGGCGCAGUUCAGCAACUUUUGGUUGAUCAACCCAAUAUAGUAAAAGAGGAAGGGCAAAUCCACGUUCCACCUAUGAUGUGACAAAGACUGGUAAACAACACAAGAUAACGGACAAGUGAAUCAAGAAUUGGAUCAAAGUGUAUUUUGUUAUCAAGAUGCUAGAAAAAACAUAAACAAAAAAGAAAACAGGGUUUGUGAAGCAUCUUAACUGAUUUUAGAAAGAAUGGUAGGAGGCAUAUCUUCUGUUUGGCAUGCUCCAAUAGAAUUCCAAUUUCUCCUUUGCAUUCGGAAGCGGAGCCUGAUUAUCAAAGUAAUCCUUGAUCCUGGUGAAGCCAUUGUUCACUGAUUAGCAGCCACUAGUCCUUUCAUAGAUAUUUAAUUUAAUGGAUAUUAAUAUUAGUUAUACUCAAAGUAGAAGAUAGUUUAAUACCUUCAUGUUAUUGAAUUGAAAAAAAUUUCUGUUUAGUCUUUUCUGGAAGCGCAUACAGAAUGAUAUUAAAGUAGCUUGAAUGUAUCAAAUUAUAUUAGCAAUGUUUGUGAUUAUUAGCUUAUUCUAGCAAUGAUUCCUAUACUAGCAAUGAUUAAUGUUAGGAGUCUGAAUCUAUCUAUUUAUCUCCUAGCAGUCUUCUUCCUGUUUUUUAUUCGUCAAAAAUACAGUGGUUUACAGAAGUAUUCUUCCCUGGUCUUUUGCAGUUUGAUUAUAUUGUGUUUGGGCAUAUUGGUUCUAACUUCUGCUCAUUGUAAACUCCCUUUGCAGUACAAUACAUCUUUGACAUCAUAUUUGCAGAAGAGAUAUGUUGAUUUAAAUUAUAUCUGUUAUAGACAACCUUAGAUUCCCUGAUUUUGUUGAAGUGGUGGGAAGACUGAAGCCUCUUGGUUUUGUCAACAUGCUUGUACCUUGCUGCUGAAAGUAUUAGACUGCAUCAACACCCGUACAUUCCAUUCAUUUUCGAGUGUGGUAUGCUAAUCGAAAGUUUCCCUUAGGUGAAGACAUUAAUUUUAUCCUAGUCAUUUGAUAAUGAAUAGUCCUGACUAGGAUUUUUACACUCUAAAAUGUUUAAUGCAUUAGUUCAAGCAAUGCCCUCACUUCUGAUUGUAUAUAAGCUUGCAAAAUGAUAGCUUUUGGAAUGGAAUUGCUUCCAAAUUUCAUCAUUUUCUGAUGGAGCUGUGUAUUUUUGUUCGAUCCUUGAGUUUUGCUUAUAAUUUGUCAAUCACAG